AUGGAGGAAGUCAGCGAGGACACCCUAGAGAUGAUGAAUGAAGUCGGCGAGGACGAGGGUGAGGCAAAAGACAAGGACGAGCCAGACGAACCGGACGCGGUCACGGAGCAGAUAGAACAGAAGGCACAGCAAACCCGAGCACAAGUGGAUACGGACAGAGUAGAACCCGCGGGAGCAGAAUAUCGUGUACAUCCAGAAGCGCCCGCCAGAGAUCCAGCCAGAGAACGAGAACAGCGGCGUCAACAACUCAGAGCGAAAUUAAAAAACGCCCAACAGGAACAGGAGGAUCUACGCUUCAUGCUACAAGAGCUGGAGAGACAGCCCACAUGCCCGGAACGCCGGUACAGUCGCGCGGACGUACGACCCUCCGAAUAA